AUAAGAUAGCGCACAGGGGAGCUCCGUUCCGACUCUGCCUCGUCGCCACCCUCUCUUCUCCCCCAUCCACCUCACGAAGCCACCAGCAUUGGCAUGGGCUCGUCCUGCCUCGCCUCGCCGGCCGGCGCCGCGCUCUGCCGCCCGCGGCGGCCGAGGUGCCGCGUGGCGUGCUCGGCGGCCGACGCGGGCGGAAAGAGCCCCGAGCCGGCGUGGUUCGCGGCCGGAGGCAAGAACGCGGGCCGCCUCGCGUGCGGGGUGCUCGCGGCCUGGGCCGUCGCGUCCGCGUCCAACCCCGUCAUUGCCGCGAGCCAGAGAUUGCCACCACUCUCAACGGAGCCAAAUAGAUGUGAGCGUGCAUUCGUGGGGAACACAAUUGGUCAGGCAAAUGGGGUGUAUGACAAGCCCCUUGAUCUCCGGUUCUGUGACUACACGAACGAGAAAACUAAUCUGAAAGGCAAGUCCCUAGCUGCGGCGUUGAUGUCCGAUGCAAAGUUUGAUGGAGCCGACAUGUCUGAAGUUGUCAUGUCCAAAGCUUAUGCUGUUGGUGCAAGCUUCAAAGGAACCGACUUCACAAAUGCAGUGAUAGACCGUGUCAAUUUUGAGAAGGCCGAUCUCACAGGGGCAAUCUUCAAGAAUACGGUUUUAUCAGGAUCAACCUUCAAUGAUGCUAAGAUGGAAGAUGUCGUGUUCGAGGACACAAUCAUCGGCUACAUUGACCUUCAGAAGCUAUGCACAAACACCAGUAUCAGUGCAGAUGGGAGAUUAGAGCUGGGCUGUAGGUGAUUCAGCAGAGUCCAUCUGAUCAUCUCUACCGGUCAUGUUAAUACGUUGAUAUCCUUCGAUAAGUGUUCAUGCCUGUCUAUAGAGUCACCAUGACAAGAUGCGCCGAUUUUUCUCCAUGUCUAUGUACAAACCUUUGUGUAUCUCAAAUAUCAGCAGCAAUGUAAUAUAACUAUGUUUCUUACACCUUGCAAACUAGAGCACCAGACAUGAAAAAAAGGAAGCACUAUAUGUUUUCCCCA